ACUCUGCUCUGCACUUUCUAUUGAGUGUGGAUCUGACCUCACCAAGGUGCUGGACUGAGUCUGUUUAGCUGUGGACUCUAAAAAGCAGGAAUGGACACUGUCCCAAAUAACUACAAAGAGAACUUGCUGCACAUAGACGUGUGCUUGGACGAGCAUGCUCCUCGAGCCGGGAUCACAGAGCUGUUUAAAACGCUGAGGCCACAAUGGAAAGCAGAGGAUAUUCAGAUGAAGGUGUUUACAGAGGGAAUCACCAAUCGGCUGGUGGGCUGUUAUGUGGGCUCGGUGGGGGAGGCCGCUGUGGUGCUGGUGCGCGUGUAUGGCCGCAAGACGGAGCUUUUCGUGGACCGGAAGAGAGAGUUGGAGAUGUUCCGGCUGCUGCAUGCGCACGGCUGUGGCCCUCAGCUCUACUGCAGCUUUCAGAACGGCAUCUGCUAUGAGUUUUUGAAGGGAACGCCGCUGGAUGACCCUCUGCUCACCCAGCCUGCUGUGUACAGGCUGGUUGCCGCAGAGAUGGGAAAACUCCACUCUAUAAAGCCAAAGGCCGUAUCGUCUCUUCAGCCGGUUCUGUGGUCAAAACUGUCCAACUACCUGAACUUACUCCAGAACUCUGCUUCAAGUGAUGCUCAUCUACAGCAAAGUUCCCAGCUGGAGCUUCCAAGCAUGGAUGUUCUGUUGAAGGAGAUGGAGAACCUGAGGAGACACUUAACUGCAGUGGACUCCCCGAUUGUAUUGUGCCAUAAUGACCUCCUGACCAAAAACAUCAUCUACAAUUCCACUGAAGGUGCAGUAAAAUUCAUUGAUUAUGAAUAUGCUGACUUUAACUACCAAGCGUAUGACAUUGGCAACCACUUCAAUGAAUAUGCAGGGGUAAAUAAUGUGGAUUAUAGUCUGUACCCAAGUCAGGAUCUACAGUGGGAUUGGCUAACCGAAUACCUGCACAGCCUGAAGAGCAGCAGUGGUGUGGAUGCUGCAGUGACCGAGAGAGAAGUGCAGGAACUCUACAUCAAAGUCUGCAAGUUUUCACUGAAGUGGGGUAACAUCCCCAGCGGCAAGGAGUGGAGUGGCGCUUCAAACUCCUAGGCAGACAGGGACAGAGCAUGACUGAAGACAGGGAAGGAGGCAGUGUGUUGAGGCCCAGCAGUGGUGACAGCUGAAGAAACAGCACGGUAAGGCUCAGUAGCAGAUCCCAGCUUGAGGACAGCCAGCAGUCACCAUGAUCCAACGAUAUCUGGACCUAGAAAGAAAAGUGCUCCAGAUGCUAAUGGACCUGCUGGCUGAGUAGCAUGGUGACCUAGUGGUGUUGGCCAUGGCCCAUCAGUGACACUUAUCGGUCAGUAAUAAACUCCUCUCUUAGCUUUGGUAACAUCCCAAAAACUCAAACUAGCAGUAAUUAGACCGUUGAUUAAGAAAGCUAACCUUGAUCCCUGCAUACUAUCAAAUUAUAGACCUAAACAUCUUGGAAAAAGUGGUAGCAAAACAAUCAAGUUCCUAUUUGUAUAGGAAUCAUUUACAUGAAACUUUUGAGUCUGGUUUUAGGCCACAUCAUAAUACAGAGACAGCACUAGUAAAAAUUGUAAAUGAUUUCAUUAUUCUCUGACAAAGGAAGUGUGUCCUUUCUAGUUCUCCUCAAUCUUAGUGCAGCAUUUGACCCAAUAGACCACACCAUAAUAGAUAGACUAGAAAUCAGGUAACAGGAAUAACUCUUUCCUGAUUCAGAUCCUAUCACCAAUCAGCAUCAGGUUGUUAAUGUAAAGGGUGAAUCAUCUGUCCUCGCAAAAAUAUGGUGUUCCACAAGGCUCUGUUUUAGGACCUAUAUUAUUCACAAUAUAUAUGAUAUCACUGGGCACCAUUAUCAUUAAACAUGGCAUAAAUGUCCACUGCCAUGCCGAUGACACAGUUAUACAUAUAUUUAUUAAGCAAACCAGAUGAUAAAAUUAAGCGAGACUGAGGAAUGUUUUAAAGACAUAGACUGGAUGUCAAGUAACUUUCUCCUAUAUAACUUGGAUAAAACAGUCCUGCUUCUUGGUCCUAUAGCAGCUAUAAACAAACUGUCUAACUCAGCACUUAAACUUAACAAUUUCUCAGUUGCAUCAAGCUUAUCUGUUAAAAAUCUUGGUGUCGUGAUAGACCCCGAUCUGUCCUUUGACACACAUAACUAAUAUUCCUAGAACAGUCUUCCUGCAUCUCCGCAAUAUUGCUAAAUUAAGAAAUACAUUAUCUCUACAGGAUGCAGAAAAGUUAGCUCAUGCAUUUAUUACCUCAAGGCUGGAUUACUAUAAUGCCUUGCUGUCUGGAUGUUCCAGCCUCAACAAGCUUCAGUUAGUCCAGAGCGCUGCAGCCAGAGUCUCACAAGAACCAGAAAGAUCGACCAUAUCGGCCCAGUUUCAUCAACCCUGCACUGGUUACCAGUUAAAUUUCACAUUGAUUAUAAAAUCCUAUUACUGACAUAUAAAGCUGUAAA